AUGUCUGAUUCGAUAAAGUUAUACAUCGGAAGAAAUCCACGUUCAGUUGUUGCCUCAGGUAAUGGGUUUAAUCUACUUUUUGAAAGGUACAGAAUGUCUCCUGGAACCCUACUUCAGCAGCAGUCUAAAACGCCCACCGUAGUGAUAAGACACAUUACGAAUGAAGAAUUACACGAGGACAACAGAUAUUUUCAAGUGACCAACUGUAUAUUUAACGGUAUCUUAGGUCUUAUAGCGAUCAAUGGCGGUGUGUUUCUUGGUGUCAUAUCGGGUGCGCAAAAUGUAGGAUUCCCUAGAUGGAAGAUGACUGUUAAUGGUGUCGAGCCAUCUGAAAGUAUCUUUAAGGUGCUAGAUGUCGAUUUUUACAGCUUAGACAGCAACGUUUAUGAUUUGUUUCUUCUUGAGCGUUCAGAGCAAAACCAUGAGAAACUGAGCCAUGAACAUCCCUGCGCUUCACUCAAAAAGUUAUAUAGUGAUGGGUCCUUUUACUUUUCAAAAGACUUUGACCUUUCGAACAUCGUGAAGAAUCAUGGAUUGCCUCACAACCUGGAGUAUACGAUUGAUAAUCAAGAUAUUGCUUUUAUAUGGAACUCUUCAUUGACAACGGAACUCAUUACUUGGAGAAGUAGGAUCCCGUUGGCUGAAAAACAAUAUUUUGAUUCUAGUGGAAUAUUAACCUUUGUAAUCAGGGGUUUUUGCAAGACGCUUCUGGUUGAAGAUGGUUCAAAUACAUCUUCAGUGACCAUAAUUUCAAGAAUAUCAACAGAAAAUAAGAAAAAAGCACUUGAUACAGAUGGAUUAAGCACAAAUGGUAAAGUGUCUGGCUUCGUUGAAACUGAGGUUGUAGUGACAACUAAUAACUUUGUUUUUUCAUAUACACAGCUAAGUGCAAAUAUACCUCUCUUUUGGGAAGUCAUAGAUAGCCAGAUAUUGUAUGGCCGCAAGGUGAGAAUAACAAAAGAUGCUGUACACACGCAAGCACCUUUUGAUAGACAUUUUGAUAGUUUAGAAGGUAAAUAUGGAGUUGUUAGCAUACUAAACUUGAUCAAGCCAAAGAGCGAUACACAGGAAUCACUGGCACAACUCUAUAAACAAUGCGCUGAAGCUAAAGGAUUGAAAAUAACAAAUGUAGAAUAUAGUUCUGCUAUAUUAUCCAAGUCACCGCAUAAACUGCUUUAUCUCCUUAGGCAGGAUAUUUUCGAGUUUGGCGCAUUUGCAUACGACAUCAAUAAGGGCAUAUAUUUUGGCAAACAGACCGGUGUUCUGAGAAUAAGCGCCUUUGAUUCUAUCGAAAAGCAGAUUAUGGUCGAAAAGAUAGUCAGUAAGGACAUUCUUGAGCUCGCCACAAAUGAACUUUCCGACUUUGACGUGACAUCCUCCUUCAUAGAUGCCCAUGACCGAAUCUGGCAUGAAAACUCUUACUGGCUGGAAAGGCUGUUUUACCAGAACUCGAAAAAUCCUACGAAGUAUAUGAAAACAUAUUCUAAGUUGUUUGAUUCCAAAAUCAAGUUAUAUGAUCCCCUUCACUUCUAUAUUUCACGUAAUUUACGUGAGCUCCGAUCGAAUUUUACAUAUGAGAAAGGUGCUACUUUCUUUUGCGGAACCUUUAAUGUCAGUGGGAAGACUGCAACCGAAAGUAUAGAUGAAUGGAUAUUUCCUCCAGAUGUACAGAGUAUAGCAGAUGCCUACAUUAUUGGUUUAGAAGAGGUAGUUGAUCUAACGGCAGGCCAGAUGUUGUCUAGUGAUCCUUUUGUAAAGCAAUAUUGGGAGAAGAAAGUCCUAAACCUUAUUAACAAGGUCAGUAAUAAGAGAUUUAUUAGAAUGUGGAGCAACCAACUGGGAGGAGUACUUUUGAUGUUUUUUAUGAAGGAAUCAGAAUAUACUAAUGUCAGGCAUAUUGAAGGAGAUGUAAAGAAGACGGGUUUUGGCGGAAUGGCUUCUAAUAAAGGGGCCGUUGCCUUAAGUUUCAAGUAUUGCGCUACUAGCUUUUGUAUCAUUGCCUCACAUCUGGCGGCAGGUCUAGAAAAUAUUGAACAGCGUCACAAUGACUAUAAGACAAUUUUCAAGAAUAUAAGAUUUUCAAGAGAUCUCAAAAUAAAGGAUCACGAUGCGAUAAUUUGGAUGGGUGACUUCAAUUAUAGAAUUCUAAUGUCGAAUGAAGAAGUUAGACGAUUAAUUGUCUCAAAGGAGUAUAGUAAGUUAUUCCAGAAAGAUCAGUUAAACCAACAAAUGAUAUCAGGUGAAUCGUUCCCCUAUUUCCAUGAAAUGCCAAUAAGUUUUCCUCCGACCUACAAGUUUGAUCCAGGUACGAGACAUUAUGAUACAAGUGAAAAAAUGAGGAUCCCUGCUUGGACAGAUAGAAUUCUAAGCAAAGGUGAACUUUUAAAACAAAUCAAAUAUGGCUGUGCAGAAGGCAUUUUAUUUUCGGAUCACAGACCUGUUUAUGCUCUUUUUGAGGCUCGCUUGACCGUUAUUGAUGAAGUGAAGAAGGCUUCGCUAUUUUCGCAGCUUUAUGAUAAUAUCACACAGCAGUUGGCAGAUCUGAAUGAGGAAGAGAAAACCGCAUUUUUGCGAGAUAGAAGGCUUUCAAUUCAUGGCCUCGAUCAGGAAGCUCUAAUUACCUCACCGUCUAUUCGAGCUGUAGCACAGAAGAGGAACAAAAAACUACCGCCACCAAGUUCUGACUUGAAGAAAUGGUGGAUAGGAGGUGGAAAACAGGUAAAGGUGAUCCUGGACGUUGAUCCAGUACAUUAUAUGCUCAAUCCUAAAAGAAAUCCCAACCCUUUUGUGGAAGAUAAGGAAGAGCCAUUAUAUAUUCCCAGAUAG